GCGGCAGCGGCACCGGACCGGGAGCGGCACCGGGAGCGGCACCGGGAACGGCACCGGGAGCGGCACCGGGAACGGCACCGGCCCCGGGGCCAUGCGGGGCGCGCCCGGGUCCGCGCUGCGGGCGGCGCUGCCGCUGCUCGGAGCAGCCGUGUCCCUCUGCGCAGGCCUGCAGUGCGUGUGCCAGCUGUGCGAGCACACCAACUUCACCUGCCACACGGAGGGCGCCUGCUGGGCCUCGGUGAUGCUGAGCAACGGGAGAGAGGAGGUGGUCAAGUCCUGCGUGUCCCUGCCCGAGCUGCAUGCCCAGGUCUUCUGCCACAGCUCCAAGAACGUCACCAAGACCGAGUGCUGCUACACCGACUUCUGCAACAACAUCACACUGCGCCUGCCGCUCGCCGCAGAUCCCUCUCCCCGCCCGGCACGCCGCUGGCCGCUGCUGCUGCUCACGGUGGCCGUGCCGGUGGCCGCGGUGCUGCUGGCCCUGCUGGUGGCCGCCGCGGCGCGGGGCUGGCGCUGCCGCCGGGACAAGGCGCCCAGCGUGGAGGAGCCGCUGUGCGAGGGCAGCCUGCUGGGCUCGGGGAAAACGCUGCGGGACCUCAUCUACGACAUGACCACCUCGGGCUCCGGCUCCGGGCUGCCUCUGCUGGUGCAGAGAACCAUUGCAAGGACCAUUGUCCUGCAGGAGAUCGUGGGCAAGGGGCGCUUCGGGGAAGUCUGGCGAGGCAAGUGGUGCGGGGAGGACGUGGCUGUGAAGAUCUUCUCCUCCAGAGACGAGCGCUCCUGGUUCCGGGAGGCAGAGAUUUACCAGACGGUGAUGCUGAGGCACGACAACAUCCUGGGCUUCAUUGCUGCUGACAACAAGGAUAACGGGACGUGGACCCAGCUGUGGCUGGUGUCCGAGUACCACGAGCAGGGCUCGCUGUUUGACUACCUCAACAGGGGCACGGUGACGGUGGAGGGCAUGCUCCGGCUGGCGCUGUCGGUGGCCAGCGGCCUGGCCCACCUGCACAUGGAGAUCGUUGGCACACAAGGGAAACCGGCCAUCGCCCACCGGGACCUGAAAUCCAAGAACAUCCUGGUGAAGAGGAACGAGAGCUGCGCCAUCGCCGACCUGGGGCUGGCGGUGAAGCACGACUCGGUGCUGAACAGCAUCGACAUCCCCCAGAACCCGCGCGUGGGCACCCGCAGGUACAUGGCCCCCGAGAUCCUGGAGGAUGCCAUGAACGUGAGCAUCUUCGAGUCCUUCAAGCGAGCAGACAUGUACUCCCUGGGGCUGGUGUACUGGGAGAUCGCCCGCAGGUGCUCGGCUGGAGGGAUCACUGAGGAGUACCAGCUGCCUUACUACGACCUCGUGCCUUCUGAUCCUUCCAUAGAAGAUAUGAGAAGGGUUGUCUGUGAGCAGAAGCUCAGACCAAGUAUUCCAAACCAGUGGCAAAGCUGCGAGGCGCUGCGGGUGCUGGGCCGGCUGAUGCGGGAGUGCUGGCGCUCCAGCGGCGCCGCCCGUCUCACCGCGCUGCGCGUCAAGAAAACGCUGUCGCAGCUCUGCGUGCCCGAGGGCUGCAAGGCCUGAGAGCCCCGGGGGACGCCGAGCCGUGCCCGUCCUUCCUUCCCGUGCCCGUCCUUCCCGUGCCCAUCCUUCCCGUGCCCAUCCUUCCUUCCCGUGUCCAUCCUUCCUUCCCGUGCCCGUCCUUCCUUCCCGUGCCCAUCCUUCCUUCCCGUGCCCAUCCAUCCUUCCCGUGCCCAUCCAUCCUUCCCGUGCCCAUCCAUCCUUCCCGUGCCCGUCCUUCCUUCCCGUGUCCUUCCUUCCCGUGCCCAUCCAUCCUUCCCGUGCCCGUCCUUCCUUCCCGUGCCCGUCCUUCCUUCCCGUGCCCAUCCAUCCUUCCCGUGCCCAUCCUUCCCGUGUCCAUCCAUCCCGUGCCACCCUUCCCGUGUCCAUCUCGCUUUUGUUCUGCUCUACCUCAGCCCGUGCGGGUCCGCUCGCAGCUCUCCGCUCGCCGCUCGGUUUGGCACAGCGAGCCCGGCACUCGCUUUGGGUUUUUUCCGUAAAUCAGACACCAGUGAAUGGCGGGGAGGAGCUCCAAGCAUCAUGGCAGUGUAAAAAUACUUUUUGCUGUUGUGCUUUUCACCCUUGUCAGGUGCCAAACGUCCUGGGAUGUCUGGUGUUGGUCAAAGGCUGUUUGUGAGACAAACCUCGUGUUCUGUCCUCAAACCAAACAAAAGACCGAAUUAACCCGGCUUUUUACCGGUACUUGUUUUGCAGGGAUCUGAAAAUGGGUUGUAUUUUGAACUACUAUAUUUAUAAUUAACCAAGGAUUUAGAAAAGAUGGAAAUUCCUCUUAAGUGUGUACACUGUGAACAAAACCAUUGAGUCAGUUCCCUAUUGACAUUUAUUUUUAUUGUCCAGUUUCACGUACAAUAUCAUGGUUAAAAUUUGAGUUGUUUUACUCUGUCUUUUGUUCAGAUCAAUCAAGGGACAACUUUUCCUUUUAACAGUUAGUAGGAAAAAUAACAGGGGCAAUACUUUUCUGUUAGCUUUAAGGAAUGGAACAGGAGGAAUUCUACCUAAACUAAGAAAAUAUUUAUUUUUAGCAAUGUCUUUCCAAUCAUUGGCAACAUUUUUUUAGUGCCUUUUGAUGUAUUAGGGGAAAGAUUUAACAAAAGCCAAUGCAGCCUGUUCAGAGGUUUCUUACAGAAUUCCACAUCAGCACCAGGCUGAUGAUGAAUAUUAACAUUUCUGACCAGGUUUCCAUGAUAUCACAAGCCAGCAAAGUGAGUUGUUGUGUUAAAAUGAACAUUCAACCAUGUUCUGGCAGUUUGUGAAUUUUGGCCCACUCUGUGGCUCACAUAUUUGAAUAUAGUGUUGGAAUAUUUUUAAUAGGCAAAAUUAUGCAUUUUGUAGUCUUAAUGGUCUUAUCUUUAAAAAAGUCCUUAACUUAAAAAGGAAGAAGCAAAGCUUUAUUUUUUUUAAGUGGGAAAAGAGUUUCAGUGUCCAGUUUCCCCCCUGGAGUCUCUGAAAAUUGUUGACCAGCCUGGUGAUUUGAGCAAGACCCUUGUGGUGCCUGGUGGGAGGAGUGGGGAGGAUGCUCAGGCUCAGCUCCUCCUCACUCAGGUCACAGCUCCAGCCCAGAAGCUUUAACCUUUUCCCUGGACAUAUCCCUUGGCAUCAGACACUAUGGUCUGUUUGCCCUGGCUUUUCACCCAACUCUAUUUCUGCACUGGUUUUCUGUUCUCUUUUGUUGUUGAGAGGUUAAUGUACAUUGUGACCAACCAGAGUUGAACAUAACUGAGCCAGGGGGCUCAUGUUGUUGUGCUGAGCUCUGAAAUGUUUGUAAACUCUGCACUCCUUUAGAAAAAGUCCAAAGAACUCUUGUUGUAGUGGCCUUUCCCCUCCGUGUGGGUUUGUCCUGCUCUAAUUUAAGCACAGAGGUUAUGCCAAAACACUUCUGGGCAGUUCAGGGAGGCUUGGGUUUCCUCAGAGGUCACAAUGUUCCUGGAAAUCUUCACAAGUUCUUAAGCUCAUGAAAAUUGUCGAGCUCAAGGAUGCUCAAAACCUGUCACCACAUUCAGCCUCUCUGAAUUGAUGCUUCUAACUGGAGGCAGUUACCAAUAUUUUAUUAUUUGCUUCUAAUUACAAUCUAAAGCUUAAUGUAGGGAUUAUGCACUGAAAGGGAAAGUUAAUUAAUGUUUCCUGUAGCACCUGUUUUUUUUGUGUUACUUGAACUGCUGUCCCCAGACACUCCUUUAGAAAUUCAGGCUGUAAUCUCCUCUGCACUUCCCCACUUUCAUAAUUUGCACUUAAUCACGCUCAUUCCCUCACCUGAGAACAUAAAGAACCCUACAAUAUUUUAGCCAUUGCUGUGUCACUUGUUUGCUUGGUACCAAGUUCAGGAAUUAUAAAUAAAUUAGUUUAGAAAUAUUCCCAGUCCCUACAAGGGGUCAGGGCAAGUUCUUCUCAGUGUCAGCCUGGAGCUGCUGUGCCAAGGGUGGGCUCAGGGCUGUCCCAGCUCCCCUGGCCCAUGGGGAGGGGUGUUGGGGGUCUGCCUGGGGACAGUGCCAGUGUCCCAGUGCCAGUGUCCCAGUGUCCCAGUGCCACAGUGUCCCAGUGUCCCAGGACAGGGACAGGGUGGCACUGGGGCUCUGCCCUCCUUUGGGUGCACAGGCCCAUGUUUGUGUUGAUGGAGGGGCUCAACCCCCUGCUGUGGCUCAUGGGGUCUGUGAUCUGUCCUUAGGGACACCUGGCUGUCCCCAGCAGCACUGCAAACAUGUCCCCUCCUCUGCCCUGGCUGUGCUGUGAUCCAGGGACCACCCCAGGCUGAGGGACCCCAAUCCCCCCAGAGCUUCUAGGGAAAAACAUCCAUGUCCUGCUCCCGUGGGCAGAACAGUAUUUAUGAAUGUACAGGGAAUAAGUGUUGAGGUACAAUAUAUUUCUACAGAAUAUAAGAAAUGUGCAAUAAACUGUAACUUACACUGAAUGUAUUUUUGGCAUAAAUGGACCAGAUGUAUUUUGAAUGUAGCUAUGACAUUGUGUCUAAGCCUGCUGUGAUCCUCAGUCCCUAAGACAAACCUGUCAUGUUCUGUCAAUCUACAAACCACUUCCUGAGCUGUCUGUUUUUAAAAGAAGCAUUAGUAUUUUAUCUGGAACACUGUAAUGUUUCUGAACUAAGUAUAGCUGUGCAGUGCUAACUUCAACCCUGGUCUUGUGAAAUAUCUGAUCUGUGCACACUGCAGAGUUAUUUCUGAAACUAUUGCUCAAGUUAUUGCCUGAUAUUGCAGCUGCCUGGAUGUAAAUAAUGGUUUAUUUUGUAUUUGGGGAAGACGUGGCAAUUUUAAUAAAUUCUGCAUUCGCUGCC